AGCGGUCGUGGUACUGAAUGCACCCAAUAUUUUCGCCAAAUGUUUGUUACCUAAAGCCUGUCACAAUUGCGGAAUGCAUCGAGAAUUAUCGCGAUUGACGCCAAUAAAUAGCAAAAACAAAGUUUUAAAGAAAACUGUACCUAGACACAUAGUGGCUGCCACAUCUACUCCCUUAAAGUUAACAUGUCAACCGAAGAAAAACACAUUUCAACAGAAGCUCAAGUGAAGCAGGAUGGAAAGGAUGUUUUUUCUUCUUCAUCCUCUUCUUCUGUCCUUUGGAGACCCAACAAUGUACUUUUGAAGACCUUUCUUCUGAUCACCUGCAUUAAGAUUCUCCUGAUUCCUACUUACCGCUCUACUGAUUUUGAGGUACAUCGCAAUUGGCUGGCCAUUACAUAUAGUCUACCUGUUGCAGAAUGGUAUGUGAAUGCACAAUCUCCUUGGACUCUUGAUUAUCCGCCUCUAUUUGCAUGGUUUGAGUACUGCCUCAGCCAAGUGGCUGCAUUUUUCGAUCCAGAAAUGCUUAAGGUGGAGAAUUUGAAUUAUGCCUCGUCAGCCACUAUAUAUUUCCAGAGAGGCACUGUUAUACUUGCCGAUCUGAUAUUUGCUUAUGGAGUAAGAGAAAUGAGUAGGACAUUUUGCAAAUCUUUGAACAACCACAUAGUUUUCGUAUUUCUGUCAUUGUGCAAUAUAGGACUGUUGAUAGUCGACCAUGUACAUUUCCAAUACAAUGGCUUUUUGCUUGGCAUUCUGUUGAUAUCAAUGGCAAACGUUUCGAAGACUGGCAAAGAGAUGACGGUUUGUGCUGUGCAUAACGGUGCUAUGUGGUUUUCCAUUUUACUAAAUCUAAAACAUUUAUAUGUGUAUGUGGCACCAGCAUACAUUGUCUGGUUACUAAAAUCACACUGUCUGAAUAGUGGAAAGUUCUUCAGGCGGUUAUUUAGUCUUGGACUUAUCGUUCUGACUGUUCUAGCAGUGUCCUUUGGUCCAUUCAGAACUCAAUUACCACAGGUAAUUUCCCGUUUAUUUCCAUUUAAAAGGGGCCUGGUGCAUUCGUACUGGGCUGCGAACGGUUGGGCCCUAUAUAUUGGCGCCGAGAAAGUGCUAUCUGUGAUAUGGAAACACUUGGGAUGGUUGAAAGAUGUUAAGUCUGCAGUAAUGACGGGUGGCCUAGUGCAAGAACAAAACUUCCUUAUAUUACCCACUCCAACCCCUAUCGUUACAUUUCUUCUGACUUUCGUGACAAUGCUCCCUGCAUUAUGGUGUUUGCUAUGUAAGAAGCCCUACAUGAACUCGAAAGCUUUUAUUAGGUGUAUUGUAUUAUGUGCUUUAAGUUCAUUCAUGUUUGGCUGGCAUGUACAUGAGAAAGCUAUAUUAACCGCAAUUAUUUCUUUGUGCGUCCUCGCAGCGCUACAUGCGGAAGACGCGCGCAUAUUCAUUAUUUUAAGCAGUGCUGGACAAACUGCUCUCUUGCCAUUGCUAUAUCCCGAUAACUUGUCUUCUCUGAAAUUACUGUUGUCACUGGCAUAUAUGCUUUCAUCGAUUUUAAUCUUGACUAAUCACCACGGCAAGCCUCUAUUACGAUUACAUGAAUGGCUGUACGUAAUACCACUGCCACUAGUUACAGUCUACGAAGUGGUACUGCAUAAAUUGUUACUCGGCGACAAACUGCCAUUCUUACCAUUAGCAUUUACUUCUAUAUACUGUGCCAUUGGUAUAACUUAUUGUUGGAUGUUGUACUAUUAUAUGUAUCUGCAAAAUGACGCUCGUGCCAAUGAAAGAACAGCUGAAGACAAAUCUAAUCGCCAAAGAUUAAAGGAUAAGCAAUUCUAGAGUUUACAAAUUGCUAGACAUUUACUGUAACUAUUUGUAUCCUCC